AUGGCUGCUCGUCGUCUUAGUAGUAAUGCUCACAUUGACCUUCAACCCAUCCGUCAAGGCAUUCUUCUACCCUUCAAUGAUCGUCCCAAGGAAAUGAAAGGCCUUAUAGAAUGUAACGAACAAUAUUUUCGCUCUGUUUGCGACACGGUUGGUGAAAAAAAAUAUCAGAAGCUCUUGCAUCUUUGGGGGGAAACUUCACGUUCAGAAGUUUGUGACGCCGACUUGCUCAUGAAAAGCCAAAGGCUUCUGCUUUGUCUUCCCGAAGACUACGACACGAAAACCACCAACGACAACCAGGGCUCUAAUGGUUCUUUUCAAAUCGACCAUUCCCGCUAUCAUCUAUGGAGACAAUUUUGUAAUGUCAUUGGAUACGACAUGCCCACCCCGACUCCCCAAGAAGAUAGCAAAGCUCAUGAAACCAUCCUUGAGUCUCCUAGAACGGAGGAGAAUGAGGCCGUCAUGUCCAGUGACUCUACCGAGGAUUAA